GGAAAUCCUCCACCAGAGCCUUGCUGUUGCCUCACUGACUCACAAGAAAAUCCACACAUCCCCAAGCCUGGACACUGAGAGACAGCCAACUUCCAAACCAAAACUGGAUCACAUCUGAGAGAGGACUUGGCUUUCAAAUUCUCUGUUUCUGAUACUGACAUGGAGCUCCACAAUGUGCAUAGUAUGGUCUUCCCCAAUCGCUUGGGUGAGGAGAAGCAACAGAUGCUGAGCCUGAACCGACGCUUGGAAACCUACCUCGGCCGGGUCAAACUGCUCGAGGAGGAAAACGAGCUGCUCGCGAAGGAGAUUCGGACCAUUAAACACAACAAGCAGGGCUCCCUGAAGCUCAGGAAGGGUCUGGAGGAAGAGCUCAGGCAGGCGAGACUGGAAGUGGACGCAGCCUGGAGGGACCGGGGCAUCGCAGAGCUGGAGGUGUGCCAACUGACCGAGGAGCUCCAAGCCAUCGACCAGCUGAGGCAGAGGGAGGCUCAGGCCAAAGUGACCGCGCAGACAAAGCUGGAGCAGAGCCGGAAAGAGCUGGAGGAGGAAGAGAGGGCACAGAUCUGGCUGGGGGAUAAGGUCAGACAACUGGAGCACGAGAUGAGGCUCCUGAUUGAGACACAUUCAGACAACGUGGCUCUCCUGGAAGACUCGCUGACUCAAUCCAAAGCCCCAGCCCCUCCAACACCGGCACAAAGAUGCCGCCAGACACCCGACCUCCUCAGGAUGGGCGAAGACUUUUACCAAACGGCCACCAGAGCAUGGCAGGAGGCCGCCGCGGCCAAUCGGAGCCAGUUAGCCCGGCUCGAGGAGUCGCUGGAUCACACCAGAAAGUCCCUGGCUCAAGUGGGCCAGGAGAAGCUGCACAGCCAGCUGAAGCUUCAAACCCUGGAGAAGGAGAUGGCCUCAGCACAGGACGUCCGGCUGCAUCUGGAGAAAGCUGUCGACCAGCAGAGGAACAAACACUGCCAGGAGAUGCAGCAGCUCCAGGAGUACUUUGAAGACCUGGAGGUAGAGAGACAGGGACUGGGCCAGCAGAUUGAGAGUCUCAUCCAGGAGAACUGCAGACUCUCGCAGUUGAAGAUUUCUCUGGAUUUGGAAGUAGCAACAUACAGAGCUUUGCUGGAUGGUGGAAACCUGAGGGGAGAUGCGUCCUUCUCAAAUAGGCCAAGAAACAUUCGCAUCACAGAUGCAGUUUUCAGUCCUCGUGGGGUUAAAAAGAUUAACCACACCCAGCUGUCUGCCGGCCACAAGAGCACUUUCGCUCCAUCUCUCCGUCGCACCGCAGGCCCAACAAUAACCGCUGCCCCACUCAGUGCUAGAAAACUCACAACUUCAAUUCUCAGCAAACCCGCUGACAUAGCAAAUUCCGCUACGCUCGCAGACCCCUAUCCAAAAAUAGUGCAGGACGGAGCAGUUGAAAACUUCCGACCGCAGGAGGUUAAUGAGAAGGUCACCCACGCCGAGCCUCUUUCUCCUCCGGGUGAUGAAGGGGAGCCCGGUGCAACGUUUGAGGAGAAAAGUGAAGACAACUGGAGCCCUGUUGACGGUGAAGAAAGAGAAAUAGUUGAAUGGGCCGUCGGUUAUCCCACUGAAUGCGGCUUCGGGAGCGAGCAAUCGUUCGAAGACGACCACCCGGUAAUGGAAACCGGCUUCUCGUCUGACAAUGACAACGUGACUGAGGAGCCUUACGGUCAGUCAGAGGAGCCGCAUCCAGAUGUGGCAGAAAAAGAAUCUGAGCAACAGCUGCAGUUGCCUUCUUAUGCAUGGUUAGAGACGGGGCAGGGGGCGGAAGUGGUAGAGCGUGUGCGAGAGAGCAUGUCAGAUUUUCAUAGCGAGGCAGGACCGGAACCAACGCCUGAGUCUGAGCCAGGCCAUCUAGACCCUGAAUGUGAGCACACUGGAAGCGAUUCGAACCGAACGAAAGACGACGACCCGGAUAGAAACAUGUCAGACGAGGUUGCUGCACAAAAACCGAGCGAUUCCGCGACGACGGCGAACGGAUUGGAGGUUGAAUACGAGCUGUACCCUGACGGAGAAGAGAUGGAUACCUGGGACAGCGUGAUAGAGAGGAGGACAGAGGCGGGGACAGACGUCAGCACCAAAGUAGAAAGCAAAAAACAGCGUGCCGAGCCGGAGGAAGACAUAUCGGGGAAAGAGCCGGAACGCGAAGAGACGCAACUUAGCCAGGAUGAAAACAUAACCUCCACGCUGUCGCUCACACCAGUGAACGACAAUGAGCCGGCGUGGUUAGACAGAGAGCAGGCUGCUCCGACCCCCGACGAAGCCGGUGAUGAUGAUGAUGAUGAGGAGGACUCUCAGAAUGUCUCCGUGUCGUGGAGGACCGAAUUGGAGGGCGACAGCUAUGCUCAGGACAACACCCUCGCCGACACGCGCCCCUUGAUCCGAUACAAAAGCGACGAGGCCGACGGCAACACUCAGGCGUCGCACGUGGACGAGAGCGAGUCCAGUGAGGGAGAGCAGGAGAGGAAGCCGGCCGAGGACGGAGCCGGAACAUGGAGCGACAGCAAGUCGAAGGCGUUCGGGACGAUGGAAGAUCUGUGCGAGGAAGUUGAAGAGGAAAUCAUGGAUGAUGAGUAUAAUCUGGGAUACUUUAAUGACGAGGACAGGGACGUUAGCCAAGGUACAAUAGUAAGCGAACGGGUUCCCCUGCAGAGUGAUAGAAAAAAUGAGGAUGAAGAUGGGAGAAAACUCAGAGAGGGACACUCAGAGGAAGAAAGUGAAGAGCUCACCAGACCCUUCAUAGAUUAUGAUGAAGAGCUGGAGACGGACAGGCUAGUGGAACAGGAGUUAGAGAAUCUGUCCACAGAGAGCUACGGCUCUCAUUUUGCCCAGCAGGCCGCUGAGGAUGCUUGUGUUGUGGUUCAAACAGAAGACGUGCGUGUCUUUGAGCCUAUAACUCCCACAACAUUUAGAAAUCAGGUUUCUGAAAACCAAUAUCUGACCGAUUCAGUGGAAGAAAUGCCCCUAACAGAUCCUGUGGCCCUGGAUGAUGAUAAAUAUGACGAUGACAUUUUUAUAAAUGAACCAAAGAAGAAAGAUGAAGAGGAUGAAUAUAAUAUUUCUGUCUUGACGCGUGCUGAUGCAAUUGAGGGUCACCCUGGUCUGACCGAUUCCAUCAGCGGCCCCGAUGAAGAAGAAACCGACCACCCGGAGGAUCCCAGCUCAGAGGUACUGUCCACCCCACACCAGGGAAACCUGCAGCCCGUCGUGGCUCCCGCUGAGGUGCCAGGGGCCCUGCCCGAGGAUACGUCCAGCAGCUCUCACCAAAACCUUGUUGGAGACCAUGAAGAGUUUCCGGAAGCUGCGGAAGUGGCCGAAUGGGAGGUCCUGGAGGAGCCCGGACAGGACCUGGAACCCGGACAGCAAGGUGAACCCGACCAGAGGUUUGGCAUGUUGGGAUCAGCGGAGGAUGGUGAUUGGACAAGCGGAGAGGAGCGCGUUGGAGUUCCACCUGCUGAAAACGGUGUCCCCGUCCUGAAGGGUGCGACAGACAGCAGCCGGGAUCUCUUCCUGUCUGACGUGAGGGAGGAUUUCUGGGUGUCCUCUCUAGAGACCGGAGCCGCUUACAAACCAGACGACACCUGGAGCGAAGCAUCUGAGCUGACCGGUCCGGUUCGUGGGCCCGGUGAGAAGCAGGUGUGGGGUAACUUGGAAAACCAGGAUGCAGUAAAUGAAAACUCCAGAUCAGAUGUGGAUCUACCCAAAGCCUCAGCCCCCGUGAAAGAGCAGAAACAGACGUAUGUGGAAGUGACAGAUGCUUUGUAUAGAAAUGUUAAAGGGCAGCUGGUCAAUUCUGAAGAACUGGACGUCGAAGCGGAAUCGUGGUCAUUCGGGAAGGAACCAGCAUAAAAGAAAACUGCAGUUUAGAAGUAGUUUGUUCUACAGAUUUAAAUGGUGUGGGGUCAGAUUAUAAAACUUUAUACACUUUUUAAAACCAAAGUCGUGCCUUGGUGCGCGCUUCAGUGACUUAAACCACCAAUGUGCCAACUCUCAACUUUCAGUCAUUUGGAACGAGCUUCUGCGUGAGAGGAUCCAUGAACAAUGAACAAAGAGAGUUAUUUGAAAGUCAAAUCUUUCAUUGAUCAUGGCCUGGUUAAAAUUUAGUGACUAAUGGAAAUCAAUGAGUGACAACCUGAAUGGCAGGGUUCCUUGUAGAGCUGCUUUGACAUAGAGAUAGAUUUCCAGCUGGUUAUUUGGUUUUAUUGGGCAAACUAUUCACUCACACUGGUAUGUUUUACACAUGCAAAACAAACUGUAUGAUUUUUGAUCACUUUGUUCCAUCAAGUUGAUCAAAAUGAUGCUACUUUUCAUUACACAAUAAACUCUAGCCUAAU